ACAUAAAACUACACGCCCAUUAAUUUCAACGCUUUAUCCACUCCACGACAUAUACACACUCUAUAUCCAUCCGCACAAAGAAUAUACUCACCGAAAAGAGGCGGCCUCAAGAAAAAUAACUGGAAAAAUUGAAAACCCAAACGCCAUGAAUUUUUCCCCACAUUUUCGCUUUAUUCUCUGCGACAGCUGCUCUUUUGCGUAGGGUUUGGCAGGCGCAUGCUUGUUCACUGUAAUGAACAUUUUCAUUGUUACUCGGCCCUUUUCAUAACAUUGAGAAGAGAAAACCCUAAUGGAAGUGACACCCUAUUACGGGAGUGGAGAUGGAGGUGGAGGUGCAGGGGGCAAGCAGCUUCGUGGCCGCAGGCGUUACGCUCCAGCUAGGACUCCAUAUGAUCGCCCGCUCGAGAGCCGCCAUGGUAAUUCUAGCAGCAGGUCGUGGUUUUCGAGGAUUGUAAACCCCAUCGCUAGCGGCGCCGGAAAGUUGUUUUCCUCUGUUUUCCGGCGGCCGGAGGAGACGUCGUCUUCGUCGGCUUCUUCUUCGGGUGACGAUGACGAUGAGGAGGACAACACUUCCGAGGAGCAGGAACAGGAAGAAAAUAUUCUAGGAGCUAUAGUACUUAAGGAUGAUGUAGUACAAUCAGAUUCACAAGGCAGAGAGAUUACUUUAGUAGCCAAAGACAAAAAUGAAUCAAAACUCACUGAAAUUGAAAAUCUAGUCAAUAGCAAAACAUUUACGAGGGAUGAGUUCAUACACCUAACUGUGCUGCUACAAUCACGGGUAAUAGAUAGUUCUGGCUUGAAAAAGCACGGACACAACAAUGAGCUUUCAGGGAAUUAUUUAAGGAAUGAAGCACUCGAGGAAGCACAGAGAUGGCAGGAAGAGAGAAGAAAAUCCCAGGAAGAAGGGGGAAACAGUGGAUGGGAUGGUGCUUUGUGUGGCAAUGUCGCCAGCCUUGAUUUGCCAACAGAUGUUCCUGACAACGCAGCAUCUUCACCUGUAGACAUUGCAAAAGCUUAUAUGGGAGUGCGACCUACCUGGGCAUCAUCAUCACCUGUAGCUUUGCUGCCCUACAAAUCAACUGAAAGUGGUUACCCGAGGAAUAAUCAUUCUUUUGUUCCAACAACAAAAGAAUUCUGGUCGGGUAGUAAUAGCCAGCACGAGGAUAGGUAUAGGACUCCUACACCUUCAAGUUCAUGGAACAACACACACAGAGUGACUUAUAGUCCUUAUUCCAGAGCUGGUCUAACACGAACUCCAUAUCAUUGGGGUGCUUAUUCUCAACAUUCUAUUCAGAGGACAGAUAAUGUAGCAGAGAAUGAUAUGACAUCUUCUAGGUUCACACAAAAUCAGCACUCUGGUACAGGUGGAUAUGAGAUAUUAAAGAGGAGGAGUUCCAUGAUAGAUGAUGAUCAGGCUUGCAUUGGACCAGUUCGAAGAACUCGUCAAAAGUCAUUUGGAAAUGUAUCGUCAUUUUUUACACCAUAUAAAGAGAGUAUAUCAAAAGUUUGUGAUGUGCCUACACAAUCAAGCCUGACAGCACAGAAAAUCCUUGAAAAUACUAAUGAGAAGUUACCUUUGUCCGGUAAUAAGCCCUCUGAAGAACAGUUGGCCUCUGUGAAAGAUAAAACCACAGAUCAAUUGACUACGAGUGUUACUGAUGUAAAUUCCAAGAAGAGCAAUAAUAUUACAAAUGCACCAUCAGCACUGGUAUCUUCAGAGGGCACUAGGUCUGUCUGUGUCAGCUCUGCUAUAUCAGAGAAGACCAACAACUCACAACCAAACAUCGUUGAGGGGCUAGAAAACAAGGCUUGUGAGACUACUGAGGGUGUAAUUAUCCCUGCCAUCCAAACAUCAAAGUCUCUGCCUCUUGCAUCUGAUGCUGGGCUAAACUGUAAACAAAAUCCAACUUUUGAGUUUGGCUCUGGAAACAUGAGCAAAGGCCCUAUCUUUUCAUUUGCGACAAAUGGAAGUACAAAUUCUAAUGCUUUCAUGCCAAAGUUUGAUUUCAAAUUUCAAAGCAAGAGAGAUAUGUUAUUCAGUGCUGCUGUGGAGGCAGCUGUAGCAUCUGAAUCAAGCUCACAGUCUGCUUUAAGCAGCAAUCCAAUAUCAACCUCCCAGUCAGCAUCCAAUCUUGGAGCUGGCUCAAAUUCUAAACCAGCUUUUCCAUCAUGGACUUCGGCUUCAUUCAAGACUAUGUCAAGCUCGCCAUUUUCAAACACAUUAUUUAGCAAUAGUUCCUCUACGUUAUUUCAGAGUACAGGCUCUCCAUUGUUCAGCACUUCUGUUGCUUCAGUUCCUGCAUCAUUUACCAGUUUCACCAAAAAUAGCUCUCAAACAGGUACUGGAAAUAUUUCAAUAUUUGGAUCCAGCAGCAGCACUUCAUUUGGUGUAAUCCCAACAACUCGAUUUAACUCAGGGAUUGCUCAGCCUGGAGUUAGCAUUACUCCUGUGUCAGCUGCAACAGCUUCUUCCUCAUCUGGUGUACAUAGCAAUUUUACUUUGGCCUUUGGCAGCAGUUCUUCCUCUCUAGACAAUUCUGUUCCACCUUUGUUUCCAUCUGUGCUCAAAACUAGCAGUACAUCUUCAUUUAGUUUUGGAACAAGUUCUCAAUUUGGUUCUGGAGGUUCAGAAAAUGGUGAAAACAAACAAGCAUCUAGUUUGGUAGAGACUGUAGAAGCUGCAACUGACAAAACAACUUCUGAGACAAAGUCUUCAAUUGAAUGUGGUUUGGAUGGUAGGUCUUUGACUUCAACUGGGUUGCCUAGUUCAUCAGGGCUACCAACACAAAUAAUUGAAUUGACAAGCUCAACUUCUGCUGUGGAGACAGCAAUAGGAACUACAGUGGUGGAUGGCCAACAAAGUGGGCAGAUGAAUGGAAACGAUUUGAAAGAGCCUUCAAAAUUAACAGCUACCCCUCUCUCAGGCUCUGUUGAACAGACAACUCUUUUAGAAACUACGUUGGUGGAUGGCCAAAAAGUUGGGCAGAUUAAGGGAAAUGAUUUAAAAGAGCUUUCAAAAAUAUCAGGUACCCCUCUUGCAGGCUCUGCUGAACAGACUUCAUCAACUGUUUCACGAAGUUCAGCAGCUCUAGCAAUUGAUUCCCAAUCAAAUGCAGAAUCAAGUGAAGCCAAGGCAGGCAUUCCAUCGCAGAAACUUUCCAUAUUUGACACUCAUACUUCAGAGGGUCAUAAAGAAGUUGCAGAUAAUGGAGCUGAUAAACGUAGUCGGAGAAUUGUAAGGGUCAAGCGGGACAGAGCUCGGAAGAAGUAAGGUGCAUCAAUUUCUAGACAGACUAACUGGCACAAAAACAAAUAAAACGUCUUCAGGCAAUGUUAAGUGCUACUGCAGUACUGUCUUUUUUAGUAGCUGGGGAUAGCACACCUACAAUUUACAUAUGCUGAGCUUCAAGAAUUUGGAACACCAAACAUCCUGAUUGAUUGUUCUAAUUAUUUUUUUUCAGGUAGAUCUCAAGAGUCUAGCUGAAUUGUAUACAUAUUGUGCAAUUCUGGAUUACAGUGUAUCUUUUGACAGGACCCAUUAAUGUUCGUGUGUAGUGUAAUCUACAGAUGACACGCAAAAUACAUGGUUGGAUGGAAGUGCAAUUCAUAUUUGUAUUAUAAUCUGUAGUUUGAGUAUACUUCCUAAUGUUUGUCAAGUGACUGCAUCUAGAACAUGAUUUGUCCAUCUUUUUCAAAUGCCACUGGAAAGUUGAUGCUUCCGUUUGGAAAUGUUGGUUCAGUUGCAUUGGUUACAGUUUUAAUUAUCAAUGUUAAUCUGAUCAUGUUUUUUAGACUGA